AUGAUGUUACUUCUUUUAAGAAAUAAACGUAAACUCAAAUCUUAAUAAGGACGUUGUUUUAAACGUAGCUGAUCAUUAUAAGGCAAUUUAGCAUGCAUGCAAAAAGCAUUUUCAUGCAUACUAUGCAUGCCAUAUGCCCUGUUCAGUUUGUUUACUAUGAGUCUAGUUUAUUUGCAAUUGGGAGAUAGUUAAAAUAAUUACUAAAAGAGUUUUACAACUAUUUAACUAAGUUAAUAUUUUGUACAUUGCUGCGUUUAACGAAUUAUAAAACAACUGUCGUUAUUUGUUUUAUGUUUCCGCAGUUUACGACCAAUCCUGCAUCGUUGUCAGAUUAAAACGAUAAGUGAGCUUGUCUAUCAUUGGUGAAAUACCCGUCAGGUAUUACUAAUGCAUGAAAAAUGUUGUAAACGAGAACAAGCCGUCUGAAAUUACGACGCGAGUGGAAUGGACACCGUCAUAUCAAUAAUUUAAUAAAACUUUUGAUAAUUUACAAUGUUGUGUUUGAAAUUAAGUGCCUAAAUGUUUUGAGAAUAGUUUUAUAGUGUUAGUGCUUUAUAUUAAAUGCUAUCGAGAUGUCGAAGAACAAAAUUGCGGCUCGUGUUGACAGUCAAACUGUGGAAGUCAAAACUAAAUUUGAUGCAGAGUUCCGAAGAUUCUCAUUAAAUCGUACGGAGAAAUUAAAAUAUGAAGAUUUUAAGGCCCUUAUAGAGAAGCUGCACAGGCUUCACGAUGUGGCCUUCCUCAUAUCAUAUACGGAUCCGAGGGACGGAGACUUGCUGCCCAUCAAUAAUGAUGAUAACUUGGCAAGAGCUCUGCUCACCGCAAGGCCACUGCUCAGGGUUAUUAUACAGAGAAAAGGAGAUAGUUUGGAAGAGCUAAACGGAUAUGGCACGAUGCGGCCGCGAAAUAUAAUCUCCUCAAUAUUAAGCGGUACGCCGGCUAAGAACAAGGGGCUCGCCAUAUCAAACCCACACGACUUUAGGAUGGUAUCAGCAAUCAUAGAUGUGGAUAUAGUACCAGAGACUUGCAGAAGAGUCAAGCUAUUGAAGCACGGGUCGGAUCGACCGCUAGGGUUCUUUAUCAGGGACGGUACAUCAGUCCGCGUGACGCCCAACGGCGUGGAGCGGUCCCCGGGCAUCUUCAUCUCGCGGCUGGUGCCGGGCGGGCUGGCCGAGUCCACCGGCCUGCUCGGCGUCAACGACGAGGUGCUCGAGGUCAACGGCAUCGACGUGUCCAACAAGACCUUAGACCAGGUGACGGACAUGAUGGUGGCCAACUCGUCCAACCUGAUAAUAACAGUCCGUCCCGCCAACCAGCGCGCCGGCCCGCCGCCGCCAGACCCCGCGCCGCGCUCCGACCUGCCCUCCAGCGAACACGACGAGGACAGAUUCGACCAAGACGAACAGGACGAGAUCGUAGACCUAACAGCUGUCACACUAGAGGAGACCUCUGAACCGCCCCUCUAUCCGACGUCGAAGGACGACGGGCAAGUGUUACACCUCUAGUACAUACUGCGGCGAUACCGGCUCGCGAGAGAA